AUGAGAAAUGCACUUAUCGCUACGAAUAAUGAACCAAAGGGUCAUGUGAACCCUAAAAGGGUUCCUCAAGAAGCUUACAAAAACAAAAAUCAUGAAGGAUCGUCUACAACUUGCAUUAUAACUCUAAACUGCAAGAAAAAUACUAUAUGUGCUGCUAAUGUAAACGAUAGUAGAUUUUUCCUAUUUAGAAAGGGGAAAAUUAUAUACAAGUCGCCGAUACAACAAUGGAGCCUUGGGUGUCCGUAUCAAUUGGGCAAGUGCAAUGAUAACCCUAAUGUUGCUCAUGAGAUGGAAUUAAAUAUCAAAAAAGAUGAUAUUUUGAUUGUUGGAACAGACGGGAUGCUUGAUAAUAUGAACGAAAGUGACAUUGAGGAAAUUGUUCAAAGGGCGAUCGAUCACAAGUUGAAGGCAGAUGGGUUGGCUAGAAAAAUUGGAAAUGUUGCGUUGUUUAACUCAUUAGAUAGAUUUGCAGAUACUCCAUUUGCAAGAGCAUCGAAACGUAAAGGAGGAAAGGUUGGUGAUAUUACUGUUAUCGUUGCUUAUUUCCAAUAG